GUUUUUCAAAAUCAUGCUUUGGUCUGGUUGGAUGGUUAUUUUUGUAUAUUAUUGAAAAAUAUUAAUGAUUUAAGAUCUUCAUUUUCUUUUGAGAUAACGCUGUUUUUUAAAACAUUCAGUCACUAUAACUAGAAUGGCAUUAGUUAUAAGAAAACCUGCAAUUGAUAUUUUGUCAGCUGCGAAGUGGAUGAUUAGGAAAGAUUGUCGAGCUCUAUCUUCUUUGGUUGAAAAAGCGGAAGAAGCUGAAAAACGACCUGUAGGUCGACGACCACGAUUCCAAAAUCCAGCUUUAGAAUAUCGACACAUUUUUCCAGAAUUUUUACCAGAUCCAAAUCCUAAAUGGCGAAAUAGUUUACGUGAAAAAAUGGAAAGAGCUGAUAUGCUAAAAAGGAGAAGUCAGAUUGAUAUUCCAGAAUUUUAUGUUGGUAUGUGUUGUGAUAAAACUUUUUUAUAUUUUUUAUUUUUGCCUAUACCUUUUCAAGGGUUUCUUAGCAAUAUAAUCAAUUUUAUAACAUAUGUAUAGCCCUAGAUAAUAUUAUUUGAAUAACUUUAUUAACAAUUUCAGCAUAUCAAUUUUUUUAACUUUAUUCUAUGACAAUACCCUACUUGUAAUAUAGGUAUAUAAACUGUAUGACAAUAAUUAAAAAUUUUGUACAUCCAACUUCAAUAUAAAUUAUUAAGAAUAACUCAAUAACUAUUGAUCAGAACUUAAUCAAAUUUAUUUUGGACCACAUGUGAAGCACCAGCUUUGAAAUAAAAAAAGAAUCAUCGAAAUUGGUUCACCCAGUAACAAGUUAUGAGGUAACACAUAUAUGAAAAAACAUACAGUUGAAUUGAGUACCAUCUCCUCUGAAAGAAAGUUUUAAAGGAUAUAGAAAAGAUAGGUGUGAUUGAAGAUUUGUGGGGGACAUUUAAGAAAGGGGUCGUGAAUGUUGCUAUUGGGGUAUGUGGGGUAGCUAAAAGAAGGAAAGGAAGAAAGAACUAUAAUGUGUGGAUGGAUAAAGAUGUACAAAGGGUUGUGCAAGAAAAGAAGAAAGCGUGGUUGGAUUGGUCAGCAACAAAAGCUAACCAAAAAGUUCAAAAGGUAAAGGAUGAAGAGAUAAAGAAAGCAAGAACGAAGUAUAAAAGAUUGAAAAUAGCACUUAAGUAGAUUAGUAGUACUGGUAGUACAGCAACGAAAAAAGUUGUGUCUAGAAAGAAAGAAGAACAAAAGGAUGAUUUUGAUAGGAGGCUCACUGAAGAUUUCCAGUCAAACAUUAAGUUUUUCUGGAAAUCCUUCAAAACAGCCAGAGAAAAAACUUCUACCUCAGAGCUGAGUACAAUAAGGAGUCAAGAUGGGAGCAUUAUAAAAGGAGAAGAAUGUGUGUUAAAGAGAUGGAAAAAGUAUUUUGAAAGUUUGUUUGAAAGAGAGCAAGGGCAGGUACAGCAUCAGGCACCUUCCAUGGAAACUAAUAAAAAUGUUGAUGAAAGUGAGAUAGGCAUGGAUUAAAUAGUGAAAGCGUUGAAAAGUAUGAGAUUAGGUAAGGCUGCAGGGUAUGACAGGAUUGUAGAGAUGCUGAGGGCUGGACAGGGUAUAGUGGCUAGUCAGCUGUACCGCCUUUUCAAUUUGUGCUGGUGAAAUGGGCAAGUACCGGGAGACUGGUGCAAAGCCGUAAUUGUGCCAUUGUAUAAGGGAAAAGGGUCACGGCAGGACUGCAUAAAUUACCGCGGUAUAAGCCUUCUCAGCAUCGUUGGUAAAUUGUAUGCGAAAGUGUUGAUUGAAAGGGUUGUGAAUAAAACAGACGAAAAAGUUUGGGAUGCACAAACGGGAUUUAGAAAGGGAAUGGGAUAUACGGACCAGGUCUUUUCCUUGCGGUGCAUAGCCGAAAAGUGUUUGGCUUAAAACAAGAAGGUCUAUUGUGCGUUUGUGGAUCUAGAAAAGUCCUAUGAUAGAGUGGUGAGAAAUGAAUUGUUGUCAGCACUGCCCGUAAACGGUGUGAGCAGUAUCCUCUUACGAGCAUUGCAAUCUCUUUAUAGGGAUUCUAGUGCUUGUGUAAGGAUAAACGGGACAUACACUGAAUGGUUUAAUAUCGAAAAAGGUGUUAGACAGGGAUGUGUAGCAUAACUGUGGUUGUUUAAUCUGUUCAUGGACAACUGCUUGACAGAUUUAAAAGAUAAUGAAAGUGGGUUGAGAAUGAAUGUGUUACUCAUCAAAUGUUUUCUCUAUGCUGAUGACUAAGUACUACUUGCGUCUUCGGCCGAGGAGUUGCAGGAGAUCUUAACUGCUAUGAGUGGAGCUUUUGUUAGAAAGGGAAUGAAGAUGAAUGUAAAGAAGAUGAAAGUGAUGGAGUUUGUGUAUGUGGGUUCAAAGUUUAAGAGAGAUGGAAAGUGUGAGAGUGAUAUCGAAAGAAGAGUGAAUGCAGGAAACAUGGUGAAUGGAGCUUUGCACUCCUUUGUGAGCAGUCGGAAGGUGUCUAACAAGGCUCGUUUGGCUGUGCAUGAGGGGGUGUUGGUUCCGACAUUUAUGUACGGAAGUGAAAGUUGGGUAUGGCAGAAGAAACAUGAAAGCAGAAUAAAUGCAGUUGAGAUGAGAGCGUUAAGAAGUAUGAUAGAAGUUAAACUGAGUGACAGGAUAAGAAAUAGUGAGAUAAGGAAACGUGGUGAC